AUCCUGUCAGCACAUCAUGGUUCAGCUGCUUCUGAUCAAUAAAGUUCAUGUGUGUCACAUUUUCCUCAGAUGCUCCUAAAGACACCUCAGCAUCCAUCAGUCCAUCAGGUUUGGUGUCAGCAGGUAGCUGGGUGAAGCUGAGCUGCUCCAGCAGAGCCAAGCCUCCCGUCAGCAGCUUCACCUGGUUCAAGAUCAGCACAGAGGGACCCGUUAAUGUGUCUGAGGGACCGGUUCACAGCUUCAAUGCAACGGAUGGAGGAGUUUAUUACUGUGUGGCUGCAAAUAAACUGGGAAAGCAGAAGUCCCAAGAAAUCCGUCUUAAUAUUAAAGACAUUCAGGAGUUUGGGGCUGUUGUCUACGUUACAGUGAAGAUCCUGCUAAUUGUAAUGCUCUACAGUACAACCGCCAUCUUUGAAUGCUGGAUUAGAUCAAGAUUCUCCAACAAACCAGAGAAGGACGUAGAAGAAGCAGAUUAUGUCAGCAGGGUGAUCCACAUUCAAGCUUCAUGAGCCACAAAGAAGACGAGGAAGAUGUCAAGUUCUCUGUUAGAGGAAGGAUUUCUAUUCUAUCUUCUUUAUUUCUGCCUGAACAUGUGUUAUGUGGUGAAAUAUGAUAUU